CACGUCUUUCCCGGAAGUAGAACAGGAGCAACUCAAAGGAGUAGUGGAGUCUGUGCUGUUAGCGCUUCAAACAGCCUGUUUGAACCAACUUGUGCCAUUAAAAAAUUGAACUUAGCAUGGCUUACCCGGGAUACGGUGGGUAUGGCCAUGGUGGACCAAUGCUACCCGGUGGAAUACCAGGCGGAAUACCAGGCGGAAUACCAGGCGGAAUACCCGGUGGACCAAUGCCCGGUCACAUGGGUGGUCCAAUGGGAGGUGCUCCACCCCGGGGGCCUGGAUAUGCCCCCUACGGAGGAGGCUACCCCGCAGCAUACGGUGCUCUACCCCCAGCUGCCAAUGACCCCAUGUGGGGUUACUUCACAGCCAUUGCUGGCCAGGACGGUGAGGUGGAUGCAGAGGAGCUCCAAAGGUGCCUGACUCAGGCUGGCUUCACUGGAACCUACAGCCCGUUCAGCCUGGAGACCUGCAGGAUCAUGAUCGCAAUGCUAGACAGGGACUUCACGGGAAAGAUGGGCUUCAACGAGUUCAAGGAGUUGUUUAUGGCUCUGAAUGGCUGGAAGCAGAACUUCGUGAUGUUCGACCGCGACAGGAGCGGGACCGUGGAGCCCCAUGAGAUGAGCCAGGCCAUCAGCUCCAUGGGAUACCGCAUCAGCCCGCAGGCCCUCAACACCAUCCUGAAGCGCUACAACCGAGGCGGACGCAUCUUCUUUGACGACUACGUGGCCUGCUGUGUCAAGCUUCGCGCCCUCACAGAGAACUUUAAGAGGAGAGAUACCAUGCAGCGAGGUUCUGUCAACUUCCUCUAUGAUGACUUCAUCACGUGCACCAUGGCCCUUUAAGUGCCGCCUGCCGAUGGGCGGAGCCGUGAGUCCAGAACCCGCUAAAGAGCCAAUCGCGGAUGGAUCACGUCCCAGUCCUGCAGGAACCAAGGCCAGUCGGGUUCCCGGUGGCGGAACCUGUGGCUUAUGAAUGAAUGCUAACAUGUCAUGUAAAACAACUUUCUUCUUGAAUCAUUUUCAUACAGUUUUUGUCAUAAUGAAGCUUUCUCAUAUUCAUAUUGCCAGUCUAUGCCGCUAAAAAUGACUUUUUUUUCAUAUUGCCAGUUUAUACUCGGAAAACAGCACUUUUUAGCCUGUUUUUCUUGUGAUGUUAUGAUUAUUCCCAUUGAACUUUUUCCCGAUUUUGCCAAAAAAUGUCUUAUUUUGACAGCUAUGGCUUCUCAUGAGCAAUCAGGGAAAAAGUCAUUAAAAAAGUGGUCAUUUUAUGAGAAAUAAAGUUGUAAUAAAUUUACAAGAAAAAA